AUGUCAGGCCCAGCCGUUGUGCAGCUUGCCCCCGCCUUUGUCGGGGAACAGGCAGUAUAUGGGCCCGACUAUAGGGGCGGCCUAGCACCCCCACCUGAGUGGUGGGCGAAGAUAGCCCACCCCAUGGCGCCGUGGCCACCUGGACCCCUCCAAUGCUCCCAAUACCCACCCCAAUACCAACCUCAAUACCAACCGCAACACCCGCCUCAAUACCCACCUCAAUACCCACCUCAAUACCCAUCUGCCCACAUGCAGCACUUCCAGUGCUACUGGCAACCACCACCGCCACCACAGCAAGUCAUCCAGCAACUUCCAAUGCAGGCUCAAUUCUGCUGGCCACUGCCACCGCAACAGUUCGCGCCGCUGAGCUGCUACGCGGUGACGCCCGGUCUCAGCUACCAGCCGAUUCCGGCGUGGCAACCUCCACCCCCCGCCCAAUUCCAAAUCCCAUCCUACCAUGCGCCGCCAGGCCCAACACCUUCAACUGCAGCUUUCGUCAGUCCCCCUCCGCCUCCCGCAGCAGCCCCACAGCUGCCUCGCACCAUCUGCGACCAAGAGACCUUGGUGCCAAGGGAACCUCCGAGGCCAUCCUGGGCCGACGUUUCUGAGGAGGUUCCGUGUAGCCCGUGCCAGCCAGAGCCAGAGGAGGCAUCUGCUUCCUCGGCCCCGAGUCUCCCAAGUCUCUUGGUCAACCGACGAACCAACCAGCAACAGAGGUCCAACAAAUCCCGGAAGCGUGGCUAG